CGAAGCCAUUCGUUUUACCUCUCGAACAGACUAUUUCAGUAGGUAGCUAACUGAAAGAAGGAGGACGUGUUUUUCAGGUUGAGGGACUUUUUUGUAUCUGCUUGAAGAUGUACAGUUGAAUCAUGAAACAUUUAGUGCUUGCACAGUGAGAUAGGAGUCAGUCUGGUUGUCAUGGAGAAGUCAUGGAGAUUGUGGGGGGCUCUCGAGCGGUGUGUGCUGACCAUGGGCUCUUGGUCUUGGGGAGUGUGCCGAAUCUCCUUGCUGGCUUUAAUCCUCACGUUCCAUCUGUACGGAGGUUUCCUACUUCUAGGUCUCAUCCUGGCCUCUAUUGCAGGUAUCCUUUACAAGUUCCAGGAUGUACUGCUCUAUUUCCCUGACCAGCCUUCAUCCUCUCGCCUGUACGUUCCCAUGCCGACGGGAAUCCCUCACGAGAAUGUGUACGUGCGCACCAAAGACGGGGUGCGGCUUAAUCUCAUCCUGCUCCGCUACACGGGCGACAACCCCGCCACCGCCCCCACCAUCCUGUAUUUCCAUGGCAACGCAGGGAACAUUGGUCACCGUGUGCCCAAUGCUCUACUCAUGUCGGUCAACCUGAAAUCCAGCGUGGUCCUCGUGGAUUAUCGCGGUUACGGGAAAAGCGACGGCGAGCCCAGCGAGGAGGGACUCUACAAAGAUGCCGAGGCAACGCUGGACUACAUCAUGACCCGACCCGACAUCGACAAGACCAAGAUAGUGUUGUUUGGUAGAUCUCUGGGAGGCGCGGUGGCCAUCCGGCUAGCCUCGGUCAACCCUCACCGUGUGGCCGCCAUCAUGGUGGAGAACACAUUCUUAAGUAUCCCACAUAUGGCUGCCACCCUCUUCUCUUUCUUCCCCAUGAGGUAUUUGCCACUCUGGUGCUAUAAAAACAAGUUCUUGUCCUACAGACAGGUGGCGCUGUGUCGAAUGCCCGCCCUCUUUAUCUCAGGCUUGUCAGAUCAACUGAUACCCCCAGUAAUGAUGAAGCAGCUCUACGAGCUGUCUCCAUCGCGGACUAAACGCCUGGCCAUCUUCCCAGAAGGGACCCACAACGAUACUUGGCAGUGCCAGGGGUACUUUGCGGCAUUGGAGCAGUUUAUGAAAGACCUGCUGAAGAAUCACACACGAGAAGAGACAGUCCAGGGUGCUGCUAGUGUAACCAUUAUCUGACACCCCACCCCCCGCCCACCAGACUAAACCAGAGCCUGGAUCAAACUAAACCAGAAUGUACAUUUUUUUGUUAUGUUCUCUGUUGUAGGGUUUUUGUUUUUUC